UCAACCCUCUUCUUUUGGGACAUUCCCUAAUUCGUAUGACAGAACAAACUCCACCCCCAGCUCCGGCGACAGAACAACCAGAGCCAAAAGCCACCCUUACGAAGACGAAGAUUCCCAGAGCCUUCAGUUUCCGAGAAAAAAUUUCCUCGGUAAUCAAACACUGAAGAAAUUGGUAUUGCCGAAGCCCAGGCUCCUUCUGAGAGAUCCUAAACAAACUCUCUCUGGAUCGGAGCUUUCAAAUAUUCUUCGAUGGCGCAUCGAAGAUCAAAGCUUCUCUUUUUGUUCUGCGCUCUCUGCUACGCCCUCUCCGCCAUUGCCGGAAAGAGCUUUUAUGACGUGCUUCAGGUGCCUAAGGGAGCGUCGGACGAGCAGAUCAAGAGAGCUUAUAGGAAGCUCGCGUUGAAGUACCAUCCCGAUAAGAAUCAGGGCAACGAAGAGGCUAACAAGAAAUUUGCCGAAAUCAACAAUGCGUACGAGGUUCUGUCUGAUAGCGAGAAGAGGAACAUAUACGAUAGGUAUGGAGAAGAGGGACUGAAACAACAUGCCGCUAGUGGAGGUGGCAGAGGUGGAGGCAUGAACAUCAACGACAUAUUUUCCAAUUUGUUUGGUGGCGGUACUGCAGAGGAGGAAGAGAGGAUCGCAAAAGGUGAUGAUGUUGUUGUCGAAUUGGACGCGACACUGGAAGAUUUGUAUAUGGGAGGAUCUCUGAAGGUUUGGCGGGAGAAGAACGUUAUAAAGCCAGCACCUGGGAAGAGACGUUGUAAUUGCAGAAAUGAAGUCUAUCACAGGCAAAUUGGUCCAGGGAUGUUCCAACAGAUGACAGAACAGGUCUGUGAGCAAUGCCAAAAUGUCAAAUUUGAACGGGAAGGAUAUUUUGUGACCGUUGAUAUUGAAAAAGGGAUGCAAGAUGGACAAGAGGUUCUCUUCUAUGAAGAUGGUGAGCCUAUAAUAGACGGAGAACCUGGAGAUCUAAAGUUCCGAAUCCGCACUGCACCUCAUGACGUCUUCAGAAGAGAGGGCAAUGACCUACACACAAUUGUCACCAUAACACUGGUUCAAGCUCUUGUUGGUUUUGAGAAAACGCUCAAACACCUUGAUGAUCAUUUAGUAGAUGUCAGCUCAAAGGGAGUUACUAGGCCUAAGGAAGUGAGAAAGUUCAAAGGGGAAGGGAUGCCUUUGCAUUUUAGCACAAAGAAAGGAGAUCUCUAUGUCACAUUUGAAGUUUUAUUCCCCACGUCUUUAACUGAGGACCAAAAGACGAAGAUCAAGGAAAUUCUUGGUUAGGGGGCAUAGGCUAAUGUUUGUUAUGGGUUAAAAAAGUUUUCCCAUUGUAAUAUGAUGAGCACAUUACAGGAAUUGACAGUCCCCGAGGCUUUUCCCCAUUUUUGUUUAUUGAUAUGUAGUAACGCAUUAAAUUAUAAAAGGAUCUUUUUUUUUCUUCUC